UGACUCUUUAACGCAUGCGAGCAGCUGGCAAGCCGACUUCUUUUCACAUACGGAUAGGUCAUCUGAGUAAUCGGACCUCACCAGCUCCUUAGUUCCUCUGUAUCUGAUAGUCAGAGUCACUUCCUGGCAAAUUUACAAGCGCAUGAGGUAUGAACAUGAACAAGUACAACCGUUCUGUUCUGAGCAAGACCUACCAUCUCCGAAAACACCUUCUGCUGGAUCCGAAAGAAAAGUCAUUGGCAGACACUGUUCCAGUUCACCUGGAUCCCAAUGGAUCUCCUCCACCCAGGUAAACCAUGCCAUCAGUACCAUCUAGUUCAGAGUCAGUUGGGACUGGCCCCAUCUGCACACACGCUGCCAAAGUCCUCACAAAUGCUGCAAAUGGAGAACCUGGCAUCAACGGAGAUGCUGUUUUGAACGGAAAGGCUGCACACAAGUUAAGUGUGAAUGGCACAGACCAUGUGAAUGAAACAAACGGUCACCAUGUGAAGAGUGUGAAUGUAGAGCACAUUGAGAACGGAUCAGAAGGCAGCAUGGAGAGGAAAUGGAUUCGACCAGAUUUGCCCAGCAGAUGCACCUGGAAACUUGGUGACCCAAAUACAGAGUCGCCCCACAAGCACUUCCAACGAACAAAGACACCCAGUAUCAUUCCAAACAUUUUAAGCAGGAUUGGAGAGACCCCACUGGUCCGCAUGAACAAGAUUCCUAAAGCUUUUGGCCUCAAGUGUGAGCUUUUGGCUAAAUGUGAGUUCUUCAAUGCCGGUGGCAGCGUGAAGGACAGAAUCAGUCUGCGAAUGGUAGAGGAUGCUGAGAGAGACGGCAUCCUGAAACCUGGAGACACCAUCAUUGAACCCACGUCAGGAAACACAGGGAUCGGUCUUGCUUUGGCAGCAGCAGUCAAAGGUUAUCGCUGCAUCAUUGUCAUGCCUGAGAAGAUGAGCAUGGAAAAGGUGGACGUGCUCCGCGCUCUUGGUGCCGAGAUUGUUCGUACCCCUACCUCAGCCCGGUUUGACUCUCCUGAGUCUCACGUGGGGGUGGCUUGGCGUUUGAAGAACGAGAUUCCUAACGCUCAUAUUCUGGACCAGUACCGCAAUCCCAGCAACCCCCUUGCCCACUAUGACACCACUGCAGAGGAGAUUCUGGAGCAGUGUGACGGUAAAAUAGACAUGCUGGUAGCCGGAGCUGGCACUGGUGGCACCAUCACUGGCAUCGCUCGCAAGCUGAAGGAGAAAUGCCCUAAUAUCAAGAUAGUUGGAGUGGAUCCUGAGGGCUCUAUCCUUGCUGAGCCAGAGGAGCUGAAUAAGACUGAUAAGACUCAAUAUGAGGUUGAGGGCAUCGGAUAUGACUUCAUCCCCACUGUUCUGGACAGAUCUGUGGUGGAUAGUUGGUACAAGUCCAAUGAUGAAGAGUCCUUUGCCAUGUCUCGUAUGCUCAUCAGAGAGGAGGGUCUUCUGUGCGGCGGUAGUUCAGGCACAGCCAUGGCUGCUGCACUGCAUGUAGCCAAAGAGCUGAAGGAAGGCCAGCGCUGUGUGGUGAUUCUCCCUGACUCCAUCCGCAACUACAUGUCUAAAUUUCUUAGUGACAAGUGGAUGUGUGAAAAGGGCUUCCUAAAUGAGGAGGAUCUUGUUGUCAAUAAGCCAUGGUGGUGGAAUCUGACUCUACAGGAGCUCCGGCUCUCCGCCCCACUGACUGUGCUGCCUUUAGUGUCCAUUAAGAAGACCAUUCAGAUCCUGAAAGAGAAGGCUUUUGACCAAGCCCCAGUGGUGGACGAGGCCGGGCAGAUUCUGGGCAUGGUCACGUUGGGGAACAUGCUCUCAUCCGUUCUGGCUGGGAAGGUCAGGCCAUCCGAUCCCAUAAACAAAGUUCUUUACAAACAGUUUAAACAGGUGCGCCUAACUGAUAACCUGGGCAAACUCUCACGUAUCCUUGAGACGGACCAUUUCGCCCUUGUUGUGCAUGAACAGAUUCAGUACAUGAGCGAUGGAUCCCCAAAGAUGAGGCAGAUGGUGUUUGGGGUGGUGACAGCCAUUGACCUGCUGAACUACGUGGCCACUCGUGAGAGGAGGGAACGCUCGCUGUCCGAGUGCACGCUGUCAGAAGAGCAGUGAACAACCAAGAGUGUGAAAUCCCCAUGCUGGAGUGUCCUUUUCUUUUUUCACAAUUUUUAAGUUUAUUUCUCUGCAAGUGGUAUGCUCCAUGUUAAAGAAGUUAGAAUUAUGCUUUUAUAAGAGCCAGUCAAUAUAGAUUUACAUGUAAAAAAAAAUGGUU